AUGUCGGAUUGUUGCAAACGGCCCAAAAACCCAUGCAUGGUCUGCAGGCGCACCGUUACCGCAAAAACGGGCCUGCAGUGCCAAGGGUCUUGCAAAUCCUGGAUCCACUUCACAUGCUGUAGCUAUACUCCCGGAAAAAUCAAAGAUAUCAAGGCCAAAAUUAUCAAAGUACGAUGUCCAUGCCCAGACUGCUCCACGCAAGGACCCAAAGAAAUAGUCAUGAAGGACUCGAGUUUCACAUGCAUUAACAAAACCUGUCCUAUAAACAAUCCACCGAAAUGCGCUAAAGAUCGCGACAACAACAAUAAAAUGGUCCAGCAGCCUUCGCCUUGUAAACUGAGCUGUAAGGAGUGGCCGGGUGUUCCGUGCAGUGGCAACUCCUGCCAGGCAAAUACGCAAGAAGAAUGCUGUCCUCCUGAUCCGCGAGCGUGUCCUAUCCCGACCCCACCGCCGGGCUGUCCUCCGCCGCCGCCGCCGCCGGCGCCUUGCAUUCCGGCGCCAGUGCCUUGCCCGCGGCCGCAGCCUCCGCCGAAGCCUUGUUCGCCGUCGACGCCGCCGUGCCGUCCGCAGCACCACCGACCCUCGGAACAGUCGGACAUGCCUCAGCACAUGCAGACUCAACAAUCACACACACCACCGCAAUACUACCAACAGAACUCGCCUGGCCACACCUCGAACACGGGGUCUCCGGCUCGGCGCAUGUCACCUUCGUCCACCCCAGUGAUGCCUUCUAUAAGUCUCGUCGAGAACAUGUGCGAGACUGUUGGGCUUUUGAGUGACCAGCUCAAUCAGUUGAUGAGUAAGAUGACAGACGUGUUGAACCCGAGUACGAACAGCAGAAUGCCAUCAGAGCCGGACCCGACCCCGUGUCGUUGCCCGAAAAAUCCUGUACCCACCUGCAACAUACCACAGCCGCCUGCGUGCAAUUAUAAUAGGCGAUAA